CGCUGGCAGCCUCCUCGGCGCCACUUGGACACGCAAGCCGGUAGAGUUGCGCACGAACAAGAUAUCUGAGUGAAGUGACGGCUAAGAAAAGCAAACGUAAUCUUGCCAACGGUUUGUGAAGCAAAACUUGAUCACGGAUGACGGGAGAAGAGGGAGCCUGCGGAGUCUGUGGCACAGCUGCAAAGCUCAGGUGCGGCGGAUGCAGCAACGUGCAUUACUGCUGCCGAGACCACCAGCGCAAACACUGGGCGCUGCAUCGGGAGGAGUGCAGGCCCAUAAAACAGGUCGAAAACCCCCAAGAAGGAAGGUACCUGGUUGCCUCCCGCGACCUGGCCGCCGGUCAGCUGGUUUUGAAUGAAAGCCCCGUAGUCUGCGGCCCCACUGGCACGUGCAUCCCACUUUGUCUGGGUUGCCACUCGGCCAUCACAGACCUGGAGUCCUGUCGUUGCCCCGGAUGUUUCUGGCCCAUGUGCUCCCCUGAGUGCCACCAGAAGGACCUCCACGUGAAGGAGUGUGGCAUUCUGGCGCAGGACGUCAAGCAGAUCGGACCUCCGACCAGCUUAGACGUCACGCCACGAUAUGACAUGAUACUAGUCCUUCGCUGUCUUCUCCUGCGCGAAGCAAAUCCAACCAGCUGGAACCGUCUUAUGACCAUGGAAAGCCACGUGGAUGCUCGCCGGGAGCAGCAGGAGCCUUACCACAUGGCAGGUGUUCGCUUCCUGACCGAGGUACUGAAAUGUGGCUUUGAUGCGGACACAGUGCACAGAGUUCGAGGCAUCAUGAUAACUAAUUGCAUCAACAUUCGGGGUCCAAAAGGGGAGCAUCUUCGCGGUAUAUACCCUAAUAUUGCUCUUCUAAAUCACUCGUGCUUACCCAACUUAACAAUAAGAUCCGACGUUAAUAAUGUACUUUAUAUCCGCACGGCUGUAGCCAUCAAGAAAGGAGAUCCGCUCGUGUUUAGCUACACGCCGCCGGAGGAGCCUCUUUGGGAGAGGCAAUUUGACUUCAGAAACGUUUAUUUCUUCUCUUGCAAGUGCCGCCGAUGUGGAGAUCCCACUGAACUUGGCACUCAUUACUCCUCGCCACGCUGCCCGAAGUGCCCAGACAAGUUUCUGGAACCACGGGAUGGAGUCGAUGCUCCCUGGAAGUGCCCCGAGUGCGAGGAGAAAAGGGAAAGCCAAGAUAUCAGAGACGAAGCAGAACGCCACAUCAAAGACAUGGACGAGCGAUACAGUUCGACCAGCGAGGUGGAGAGCUUCCUGACGGGGAUCACACGCACAUUCCACGACAGCCACUAUGUGUGGGUGACGGCGGCUCAGGCGAGCUUAAGGAUGCUCAAGAACGAUACCAGUUUAGCGGCACUCAAGCUACAGCAGGAGAUAUGGAGGCGGCUCAUGGGGAUCUAUCAGCUCUUUGAACCUGGACUCACGCGAAGGAGAGGAGUGUCGCUGUUCCAGCUGUCCAUGGUAGAAACGCGCGUGGCACAAACCCAGCGCGCCGAAGGAGAGCUGACUACUCCCGCAUACGUCGCCGCCCUUACGCGCAUCCUUCGCCAGCUCGAGUACGCCGCCAAGAUUCUCGAACUCGAGCCAAGUAACUCCACCGAGAGCCACUGGAAGGCGCGGGCGGGGGAGAAGGCAGCGGCGAUUUCCGAAGCGAUCGCCAUUCUGCAGCAGAACAGCGACUCGCAACAGGAAGACGCGGAGGACGUAGGUCGCCUUCACAAAGAAAACUGAUUCGCCAUUCACGACGGUAUAUUACUUCAGAUGAUUCUAAGGUGGCAAUCGAUGACCACGCGAGCGGGUGCGGCGUGGCUGCGUGUCAGGUCACAGCGCGGGAGUGAGCGGGGAUCCCGAGAGCACAACACGCACGCUCCUCCCUCCGCGGAGUCCAGCUGGA